UCCACACAUUCCUGCUUCUGCCUCACGGUGACUGAUUGCCUCAUGCUUCGCUUCUGCCGACCGACCAGCAUCACCCCGAAUCACCACGCCCGACCACUCGCGGUUGACACAAUGAAAUUGUUUGUGAACCAAGUUACUGAGGAGGACAGGACUAUGCUCCAGGAAUAGAUUAUAGAGAGCUCAGGGCAGUCAGACAGUCACCUUGGACACGUUUAUGCAAACUGUACAAGAACUACAGGUCCAGUACAUCCUGACCAAGGCUGGCAGGACAUGCUGGGACUUGUAGUGCCAGUACAGCAGUGAAGGCACAAGCUGGUACAGCUCUGCAGCUGAUACACCAAAUAUUCACUAGAGGGAGUAUUUAGUUUUGAGGAGAGAAUAUACACGGUACUGAUAUAUAGAGUACUUUCCUUCUAGCUGUAUAUAUAGAGGAUACAUGAUGCCAUUAUGGAGUAUGUAGGUGUCAGAGGAGGCUGUUACAGGAUGCUAUGUGGGUAGCUGACUCUUCCAGCAUAUCACAUAGCAAAGUGCUAAUAAUAAUUAAAUUAAAGAAAAAGAAAAAUUCGGGACCAUAUCAUGAAGCAUAAUAUUUACUAAGAACAAUACAGCUCCAGUCAUGCUAAUACCACAUUGUAUGUAUAGAAGUCACUAUGUAGUAUUGGUGCAGGAGAUGGGUGACCUUGUGCUGCGGGGAUCAAGGCAGGACCUGCUGCUCUCUCUACUAGGCCAUGGGGGAUGUUAUAUCAAGUCACCUGGAUGAAAGCAGGCGCCAGUACAUUGCAGAGAGAACGGGGAAACUGCUGGCAGAGUUCGGGAAGCUGUAUGAGGAGCAAUAUGGAGUUGCGCUGUUUAACAGCGUCCGCUAUGAGAUUGAAGGGAACGGGGGUCCGCAGACGCAACUGUUACAUCGGAAGACGCCUUUGAAAGACCGGGUGAUCUUUUCCGGGAACUUAUUCCAGUAUCUGGAUGAUACGAAAAAAUGGAGGAACCGUUUCUGCCUGGUUCCCCACCACUAUGGACCAGUGCUCUAUGACAACAAAGCCGCAUAUGAGCGCGGCCUGCAGCCCCGAGCCGGCAUCAACUGUGCAGGGUACAGAGUUUUGACCUCCCUGGAACAAUACACUGAAUUGCUUAAUAACACUGUUCCAGGUGGGAAGGUGAAGGCAGGCAGUGCACAAAUGAAAUGCGCCACAGAGUUCCCCGUGAUCCUCUGGCACCCGUACUGUCGCCAUUACCAUUUCUGUGUAAUGAAUGAGCGAGAGCAACAGCGGUGGAGCGCCGUGUUCCAGGACUGCGUGCGACACUGCAAUGAUGGUAUCCCGGAGGAUUCUCGCGUGGAGUCUGCAGCAUUUACGGACUCUGUGAGGCUCUAUAGACAGGCACGAGAUCAGUAUGGUACCUGGGACAUGCUGUGCGGCAACCAAGUCCAGGUCCUCAGCAACCUGGUCAUGGACGAUCUUGUUCCUGAUUUGAAAAACAUCAUCAGCCCCAAACUACGGGGUAAACCUCAGGAUAGACAGAGGACCUGGCUGCUGAUUUCAGACACAGUGUAUAGAAUGGUGUACGAGCAGACUCGCCUGUUCUACGAGGGCCUUGAAAAGCGCUGCAGCGACAAGAGAGCAGAGAUGGAGAGUCAGAUACGGACGGACAUGGACCAGAUCAUUGCCUGCAAGGAACAUGUAUCCAACAAGAUUCGAGCGGCAGUGUUGCCCAAGGCUGAAUUGUGCGUGAGAAACCAUGUCCAGUCUCACAUCCCAUCUAUCCUGGAGGCUCUGAUGGUGCCAACAAGUCAGGGCUUCACCGAGGUGCGUGAGCUGCUCUUCACCGAGGCCACGGAGAUGAACAAGAACCUGGUGAACGAGGGAGGAUGGGACAAGCUGGGCGAGCACAUGGAGAAAAUAUCCCAGCUGGCCUAUCAUCCGGUAAAAAUGCAGCAGUGCUAUGAGAAGAUGGAUCACCUAAAUCUAGAGGGCCUACAGCAGAGGUUCGAUGUGGGAAGCCCAUCCGUGUUCAAGCAGAGGGCGCAGAUCCUGAUGAGGGAGCAAACAGACAAUGCAGUGUACACAUUUGAGCAACUGAUACACCAGGAUCUCAGCAAGUCUGAAGGAGGAGAGAAUAUGUGCAGGGACAUCCAGCGUAUACUGGAGCGCGUUCUAAAGAAAUAUGAUUAUGACAGCAGUAGUGUCCGAAAGAAGUUUUUCCAAGAAGCAUUACUACAGAUCAUCAUCCCAUUCCUUCUAAAGAAGAUGGCACCUACCUGCAAAUCGGAGUUGCCUCGUUAUCAGGAACUUAUAUUUGAGGAGCUGUCACGGUUUGUGCUGGUGGAGAACAUCUAUGAAGAAGUUGUGCUGCAGACAGUGAUGAGAGAUAUUGUGCAAGCGGUUAAGGAUGCUGCAACUCAGCGCAAACAUAACUUGUACCGGGACAGCAUGGUGAUGCACAACAGUGACCCCAACCUUCACCUCCUUGGAGAAGGACCACCCAUUAACUGGACGGAGGAAUAUGCCAACAAUACCGAGAACUCUGGAAACCGGCUUGGCAGACUCCGCCAAGUGGUGUCUAUUAUUCAGGAUGAUGAAUUACCUGAGGUCCUGGAAUCGUGCCAGGAGGUCCCAGCACAUGAAGAGAUUCCAGAGGAACCAGAAUCUAGCAAUGUCGGCAAAAUCCGUGGCAUGCUUGUUAAAGAAUUUGAUGUUGAAGUUCCAGCAACCGAGGUGGUUGAGAGUUCUGACUGUGCAGAGCCUGAAAAAGAGGUAACACACGUAACUGAGUCCCACACGCAGCAGCCGAAACACAGUGAUCUCCAGGAAUCUCAAACAGAAGAAUAUGUUGCACACAGUGAUGGUCAUGCAGAUGAACCAGACCACAGUCAUGCAGAAGAAAUACAGAAACAUGACCAUGUACUGGCUGUCCACAGUACACAGGUAGCACCAGAAAGAGAACUUGUUCAAGAUUACCAUGAGGUAGAGGUUUUAAAACCAGAUAAACAAGAUUAUGGUGAUCAGAAAGAGAACCAUCAUCAUGUGACACAGGACCAUUUGGCCACAAACGACCAUGUCUCUCACGCCGAACCAACUGAAGUUCUUGAGAAUGUGGUACCCAACCAUGAGUCGGUGCUCCAAUAUGUAAGCCAUGAAAACAGUAGGGUGGAAACUGAUGACUACUCGCCUUUGGAAACUAAUAUCCAUUCUCCUUUGCCUAUCCAGCGGGCACAGGAGGAUACUGCUACCCACAUCACCCACUCAGAAGAGAAAAGUCCAUUAGAGCCGCUGCAGUCUUCUACAUCACACGUAGUACAUUCCACUCCAGAUGAUAGUGGUUUCCAGUCUCCCAUGAGCGAGGAGGAAGAGGAAGGUGACGGGUACAGGGAAAUUCCUGUCCCAGCACCCCGAAAGCAAGAUGAGGUCAUUACCCACUUCUGAGAAACCGCGAUUGAGGCUGCAUAAUGAACUCUUAAUGGAUGUUAGAAGAAGCACCAGGCUUGCCCUCUUUUCGCACAAAACUACUUAUUUAAAUGCUUUUUGGCUCCACUAGUCUUUUUGCUAUGCCCAGGGUAUUAAGUAUUCAGUGUUUCAAUGUCACUACAGUCACCAGCACACAUCACCAAUACCCUAUGUCUGCUAUUGCAUACUGACCUAAUAUUCACCUAUACAGCCACUGCAUCUCUCCUAAGCCCUGUAGAGACGAUUUGCAAUGUCAGAGCUCAGGCAAAUUGUAACACCAGAGCUUUAUUUUUGUAAACUACUAUACCGGUUACACCUCUAUAAGUACUGCCACUUGUGAAACCCCGGGGUCUACACCCUCCCUAUGAUUACACACAAUCUUGUAUAUACACUGCGCACACGGCAAUGAAAACCUAACACUAACCCAAAGAAAUGUGCUCUGAUGAGGAAGCAUCAGUGAGAGUUUGAAAAGGACUUUAAGUGAUUGAGGCACAUUGUCUGUGACUUUCCCCGACUCUAAGUAAUUGUAUUUAACACAAGAAAUCUCUCUAUAUAUAGACGUCACAGUCCGACUUAGGAAUCCCGUUCUCCUUUGUGGAUAUCCGCUUCAAGGACAGUUUCAGUUCCUGAAAUUCAUUUUUAAAAAAAUGAAUCCCCCCCCCCCCCAAUACCCUUGUACUUUUAGACUAGGGCACUCUUCCCUGGGACCCCAAGUUGCCUGCAGAAGCUUCUGUAGAAAUCUGGACAUCAUGUGCACAGCUGGUUAUUGUGGGCUGCUACAGAGACAUACAGUCCCAAGCAGAGACCAAGUGGGAUAUUCACUUUCUGAAUAUGGAUAUGACCUUUAAAUACCCCACCCUGUAAGACAGACCUACUGUAACAGGGUUCCUGUCUGUGUACAUUGUACAUUCCAAGUGUGAGUGGAGAGACUGCAAAAGCAUUUUCUCGUCUGACCGUUACAUUCCAUGCACAACAUUUUUUUGGGGCAACCCAUUUUUUAAACCAAAUGGUGCCUUGUUCUCCCAUUUCCCAAUCAAGACCUGCAUAUCAUUCUUUUAAAAUAUAUUUUAUUAAAACGUUAAUGUUUUAAGUCAAAAAGCUUCUAAUUAUUAAUAAUAAAUAAAAACUUUAUUAUAAGAGAACCAGAA